AUGGGUGGAUUCAUGUGUCGAGCGCGGAGCUGCUCGGCAUCGCGCAAACAAACUCGCCAACGGCGGGACUACCUCUAUCGUCGAGCUCUGACCCUUCGAGAUGCUGAGAUUUCAGAGAAGAGAGCAAAGUUACGGGCUUCGUUGGCAUCCGGAAAACCCCUCGACCCCGCGAUUGCGAACGACAAGAAGUUGCGGGAGGACUACAAGUACGAUGAAUCAAGACCCGACCUGACAGUAAAUGAAGAGCUGGAUCUGGAUGAUGAAUAUGCUCAGCUCUCGGGCAUAGUCGACCCCCGAGUCUUGGUUACAACCUCAAGGGAUCCCUCAACACGACUUUCCUCGUUCGCAAAGGAGAUUCGAUUAUUACUACCAACGUCGAUACGACUGAACCGAGGAAAUCUGAUCCUGCCAAAUCUGGUACAAUCUGCUCAAGCAUCAGGACUUUCAGACAUAAUCCUUCUCCAUGAACAUCGAGGUGUCCCGACAGCUCUGACCCUUUCGCAUUUUCCACACGGUCCCACAGUCUCCUUCUCUCUCCACAAUGUAGUCCUUCGCCAUGAUAUCCCAAAUAGCGCUCGAGGGACCGUCAGCGAAUCCUAUCCACAUUUGAUCUUCGAUGGCUUUACUUCGAAAUUGGGACUUCGGAUCGUCAAGAUACUGAAGCACAUAUUCCCGCCACGCGAAGCAAUCACAAACAAAACCAAACUUGGAAGCAGAGUCGUCACGUUUAAGAAUAUCGAGGAUAGCAUCGAAGUACGGCACCACGUAUUUGUGAAAACGGGAUAUCAGAGUGUUGAGUUGGCUGAGGUCGGACCACGAAUGACGAUGAGAUGUUUCGAGAUCAGAGGAGGGACAUUGGAGAAUAAGGAUGGAGACGUUGAGUGGCGCCUGAACCAGUACACGAGAACAAGUCGAAAGAAGGAUUAUUUGUGA